AUGGCCGCUACCACGACUGCUGCAAGAGGUCAGGCCUCGAGAGCUGCAGUCAAGAUACCUCCCAUUCCGCCAAACCAGACCUUAUACGUCACGAAUUUACCGUCAAACAAAAUAAACAAGGCAGACCUGAAAACGGCUCUUUAUAUGCUAUUUUCGACCUACGGCCCAGUCCUCGAUGUCGUGGCCUUGAAAACGAUGAAGAUGCGUGGCCAGGCUCAUAUCGUUUUUCGUGAUCUCCAAGCGGCGACCCAGGCGCUACGGUCGCUAGAGGGCUUCAAAUUCUUGGGCGCGGAGUUGCGCAUCCAAUACGCGAAAUCUAAAUCCGACGUGGUAGCAAAGCUGGACGGUACAUACAAGCUUCCAGGAUCAGCCGCCGCCAACGUCGAGAUGACCGAAGCUCAGCAAAGCAUUUUUAAUGCUCCCGCACCGGGCACCUCUACCACUACGGGCGCAGCCGCUACAACCCAGGCUUCGUCCGGUCUCCCUGCGAAACCGCCUCGAGGUCCCGACCGGGUUAUGACGGAUGCGAAGAGUCCCGAUACCCGAGGACAAAAGCGGCCUCGCGACGAAGAGGAGGAAGAGGAGGAGGAGAGUGACGAGGACGUAGCAAUGGAAGAAGACAGCGAUGAUGAAUGA